GUCAGCGGGCGGGAAGGUGAAAGGUCGUGGUUAGUUGACGUCGACAAGAUGUUGUGCCUGUGUCCCAAUGUAGUGGGGAAGGGGAUGUUCUGGUGAUCGGAGAGCGGGGCGCGACAUUUGUACAGGAUUAGGGACUCUGUGGGCGGGCGAACGAACCAGCGAGGGAGGCUCGUCCUUGUGUUGACUUCCCGGCGGCCCAGUGAUGCCGAAGUAUUAUGAGGAGAAGGAGGAGGACGGCAGAGCGUGUGCCGGGGUCAGGGAGGACCUGAGGAGCUGCUUACUGGAACAUGACUGUGUGCUGAAGGAAGGAAAGACACCAAAACAGUGCCUAAAAGAAGGACAUUGCACGGCAUUACAACGUACUUUCUUUGAAUGUAAAAGGUCAAUGCUGGAUAACAGAACUCGGUUCAGAGGAAGAAAAGGAUAUUAGCGAUUCAAAUGCAAUAGAGGAAUACUUCAAAAUUUAAGUGCAUUGAUGGCUUCAAAUCAACAUUUUGAAUAAUGAAUAAAAUAGUUCUCAUUUGAUUUAGAAAAUCACUUCUCAAUGUUUGUUCUUUUUGUAUGAGAAUUUAGUAAGGGGAUCAUUUUUAAGUACAACUGUUUGGAUUAUUUGGCUUCUGGAAUGGCUUUAAGAUUAAGAGGGAGAAAAAUGAUCCAGGUGUCUUUGCCAUAAAUUUCAGCAGUUGUCAGUUUCCUACAUUAAACAUAAAGCUGCUUAUAUUACAGGGAGAGGUAUAAUCACUGAAGAGCUUUAAGAAAUUGGAAUAAGACAAUUUUGGGGUACUUUCCUGUAUUGUGUGUAGGAUAAAGUAAAUGGAAUGAAGCAAAAAACUUGUGGAGAAGGGCCAUUGGGCUCAACAUUAACUCCCCUGCUUUCCCCCCCCCCACAAAACUAAUGGAUUUUGCUGAUAUUCUAAAGCCAGAAAAGAAUUCUAGGUAGAUUGGGAAUGAGAAUGUAUCUCAACAUAGUAUUUGCAAUGUAUCAUUUUGCAAUUAAAAUAACUACAAUCUU